UUAUUUUGUUGGGUAAUUCGCCUAUAUUUGUUAUUUUAUUAAUUGUUAUUAUAUAUUUAUUGUUAUUUCAUACCUAAAAAUGGGAAAGUGUUCAUUUAAAAAAUCAUGGUUACUUAAAACUGAUGAAAGUGGCCAUCAAAUAUCAGAAUGGGCUAUUAAACAUGAAAAUGGAGCAUAUUGUAAAGUCUGUAUGACUACAAUUAAUGUUUCCAAAGGUUUUCAAGCUCUUACUAAACAUUCCAAGACUAAAAAUUACAUGGAAAUGUGUAAAAUCAAAUUAAGUACUCUACAACCAAGACUGACUAAAAGUAGUUCUGAUUCAACAGUAUCUAACAAACAGAAUUCAGAUAUAAAAAUAUACUGUCUACGAGAUUCAGCCAUCAAAGCUGAAUUGAUGUGGUGUAUGAAAAUGAUAAGCUGUAAUUUCUCUGCUAAUUCUUGCCUGGGAAUAGCUGAUUUGUUCAAGAGUAUGUUUUCUGAUGCCGUACCAACUAAAUUUUCUAUAUGUCCUAAAAAGUUCAGAUAUUUAGUAUCUGAUGCUUUAUUUCCAUUUUUUCAAGAACAACAUUUAAAUGAUAUGAAUGGUCAAUAUUAUUCACUAUUGUACGAUGAAACAACAAAUAAUGCUGGAACUAAAGAACUUCAAACAACUGUUCGAUAUCGGUCUCCGAGUCAAAGUCAAAUUGUCAGUCAUCAUCUACGAAGUUUUUUUAUUGGUUCAGCAACUGGUGAUAUUUUAUUUAUAAAAAUUAAAAUUGCUAUAGAUGAUGCAGGUUUGUCUCUUUCUCAUCUUGUUAUGUUAGGCAGUGAUGGACCAAAUACUAAUAAGAAGGUAAUGCGUCUAAUGAAUGGAGAAUUAACUAUUGUUCGUAAAAAAAAAACUUAUUGACAUUGGAUAUUGCAACAUACACCUUUUACACAAUGCAUUUUGUAAAAGUCUCUCUUUACUUGGUGAAGAUGUUUCUAAUUUGAUAGUUUUAGUUCAUUAAUAUUUUUAUGGGUGGCCUUCAAGAUGUGAAGAUUUUAAAAAUGCUCAGAAAAAAUUAAAUAUACCACAGUUGUAUUUUAUUAAACAUUCAUCUGUUAGAUGGUUGACAAUAGAAAAUGCAGCUGAACGUCUUUUGCAACAAUGGGAUGCAUUAGAAUACUAUUUUUUUUAAAUUUGUUCCGCAGCAUAAAAAUUUACUUUCGAAAUCUGCAAGUUUUAAAAGAAUUGUAAAUAUAUUGAAAGAACCAACAGUGAGAGCCGAACUUUUAUUUGUGUGUUCUAGUAUUUACUAGAUUUACUGGUACAUUUCAAAAAGAUAAACCUUUAAUACAUAUAAUUUUUGAUGAAAUAACAACAUUACUCUUAACUUUACUUGGACGAAUAUGUAAGCCAGAAUUACUUGGAAAUGACAAAAAUAUAACUGAAACUGUUUUAAACCAGGAAAAUCUUUUACCAUUAAAUCAAAUAUCAGUUGGAACUAAUGUUGAUGUAGCAUUAGAAAGACUACAGGAACGUACACGUUUAGAAUUUUAUAAAUUGGUACAAAAGCAUUAUGUUGCUGCAUGCAAUCAUAUUUUCAAGAAAGCACCCAUCUAUGGAUCCCUUAAAUAUUUUCGUUAUUUGAAACCUGAUGAAAGGAAAUCUAAAAGUUCAUCUGAUAUUAUUAAAAGUGCUAAUUUAUUUCCUUUUGAUCAAAAUAAUAAUUUUAUGGUGGAUAGACAGGUAGAUGAACGGAAACUAAUACAAUAUGAAAAAUAUCCAAUUUAUAAUGCUGAAUUUCGAAUUGAUACAUUUUGGAAUGAUUUAUAAAAUAAAAAACCAUCAUCAGGGGAAUAUAAGUAUCUUAUGUAUCAAAAUUAGUUUAUGCUUAUCUUUAUUAAUUAAAGAAUUACUUUUUAAUACUAAUUAAAAUAAUUACUUUAUCUGUGUCACAUGGUAAUGCAAUAGUGAAAAGACAGUUUUCUUCAUCAGAUAAGAUAAGAAUCAGGUAACUAUUUGACAGAAGACAAAAGUAGAAUGUCUGAAAGAGUUCUUAAUGCUGUUCUGGUUGUAAAAGAUACAUUAAAGUAUUACCACAACAAACCUGAACUAGUUCCGAUUAGUAAUAAACUUAUAGCAUUAGGUCAAACCGCUUAUCGUAGCUAUCAAAAUUAUGUAGACAAUGAAAGAAUGAAAAAAGAAGAAAUAAAAAAAAAAAUAAAGUAGAAGAUAUUAAAAUUCAAGAAAAGGCCACUGAGAGUAAUAGAGAAAACAAGAA